CAUGCGAAGGGGGCGGAGCUUGCGUUCGGAUGCGUGCGGUGCUCGAUCGCCAGUGCAAACAACGCGCCGUGGGACCGAGCCUUCGCUACUUAAGGGUUAUUUAUUAGGGUGGGAUCGGCUCAGCAGCAUCCCUGAUGUGAGUACAGCGGGAUUCAACAUGGAUGCGCGGGCCACACCUGUGCGCCAGCUGCGUUACCUGCGGACCUGUUGGAGACACCCGGGCACAGACGCGCAGAUCAGGGCAUCCUGCAGCGCGGCGAUGGCGUUGUGACCACCGGCUUCGACAAAGACCUUAUGGGGCCCCUUGCGCAUCACCGCGCCCGCUGGAUUAUCAUAGCUCGGAUUCAGAGUGGGUUCCGUUCAGACCGGAUUUAGACCGAACCUCAGUGUGUGUGAGUGUGAUUUUGAGACAAAGACCCGACGCGCAAACCGACGCGCAAUGGAAGCGCUUCAGCUGGAUGGGCUCAACCCAUCACCGGCGGAGAACGGCAGUGUGUCGCAGUCUGAGCCGCACAAGCGGCUCUCGCAGGUGGACACCGUGGUUCUGCCGUUCCUCGGCGGGUUCGGGAGGUACCAGCGGCGCUUGGUGGCUCUAACGUGGAUCCCGGCGUUCCUUAUCUCGUUCAGCCAGUUCUCAGAUCACUUUCUGCUCGGUCAACCUGAGACAAAGUGCGUCCGAGUGGAUCAGAACAGCACGAACUCGGUUCGGGAGAUUUUCCAUCUGAUAUCGGCCGGUAACGACGCCGCCUCCGCCUCCGAGGGCAGCAACGUAUCGGCGUGCAUGUGCUCGGAGUGGCGGUUCGAGCUGCAGUCGGGACUGCAGCAGAAUGUAGUCACCAAGUGGACGCUGGUGUGUGACGGCGAGUGGAAGGUCCACAUCGCUAAGUUCUCUCUGCUGGUGGGCUCGAUCGUGGGGUACCUGCUGAUGGGAGCGAUGGCAGACUGGUUGGGCCGGAUCCCCGUGCUGCUGGUGUCUGUGCUCUCUGUGCUGGUGUUCGGCUUGGCCGUGGCCUUCUCUGUGGAUAUGGCCAUGUUCAGCACGCUGCGCUUCUUCGAAGGCUUCUGUCUGGCGGCGAUCAGACUCUCGCUUUACGUCCUGAGGAUCGAGCUGUGUUUGCCGGCGUGGCGUUUCUCCAUGACUCUGAUUGCCAGUCUGAUCAUCGUGAGCGGUCAGCUGCUGAUGCCCGGUCUGGCCACGCUGUGCCGUGAUUGGCAGAUCCUGCAGAUCGUCAUCAUCACCCCGUUUGUGCUCAUGCUGCCCUACGUCUGGAUGUUUCCGGAGUCUCUGCGCUGGUUGUUGGUCACUCAGCAUUAUCAAAGAGCCAAGCUACAGAUGUUCCGCAUCGCCCAUAGCAACAGGGUCGACACGGCAACCGACUCCAGCGGCAUCCUGUCAGAGCUGGAGACUGAACUGCAGCAGAAGCCGAAGACGUUCUGUGUGACGCAGCUGCGUGGAACCAGAAACCUGUGGAAGAACACCGUCGUCUUGUGCGUCAACUCGUUGACGGGUUAUGGCAUCCAUCACUGCUUUGCGCGCAGUGUUCUGGAGGGCAGCGCGUCUCAUCUGCACUAUUACGCGCUCGCAGCGAUCGCUGUGGCCUCCUGCUUGGUGCUGUUUCCGGUGGUGGCUGGCUUCGGCAGGAGAGGAGGACUGCUCACCUUCAUGAUCAUCACGGCUCUGGCCUCGCUGCUGCAGCUGGGAUUGCUCAACUUGAUCGGCAAGUACAGUCUGUGGCACGAUGCAGCUGAGCGGGACUCACUGAACCAGCGUUUCUCGUACGCCUUCUCCAUCAUCGGGAUGUUCUCGUCUCAUGCGGUCAGCACACUCAGCAUCUUCUACUGCGCUGAGAUCACGCCGACGGUCAUCAGGGGUGGAGGUGUGGGUCUGGUCCUAGCGAGCGCAGGUUUCGGUAUGCUAACAGCGCCACUGAUGGAGCUCCACAAUCAGAAAGGUUUCUUCCUGCAUCACGUGAUCCUCACCUGCUGCACUCUGCUCUGCAUCAUUUGCAUACCGUUGCUCCCGGAAACCGCCGGCCAACCGCUGCCUGAGACUAUUGCUGAGGGGGAGGGGCUUCUGCGGCGGCCCAUCCUCCCCGGAGAACAGCACCACCUACUGGCCAUGACCGAGGUCAGGGAGUAUUCACGUGUUCAGGACACGCCCCUUCACCAGAUCGUCAACCCCGGCAACGGCGCAGUGCCUAGCAACAGCACAGCCAAUGGUGUGAGGACUUCAUGACAACAUUUGCUAAAGAUGGCCAAACAAAGAGCGAUUGUUGAACGAGUUUCACUUAUUCUUUUUUGCUUUUUAACUGUGAAAUGCGACUGAUGUCGUGGUAAAGUGUCAAACGCCUCAUUAACCAGCAUUGGUGAAAAACUCCAACCUUUGUACAAACUGGAAAUGUAAUUUUAACUUGCGUUUAGUGAAAGGAACUAUUUUUCGAAUGGCCACUACCGAACAACCAUCUCACGGAGGAGUUUCACUGAUUUGAAUGUGUUCUUUUUUGUACAUUUGGUAAACGUUUGGUAUUUAUUAUAAGGACAGAAUAAAACAGACAGUAAGAACCGGCGGACUUCGUUCAUGUAAGGGAGAUUGUUUCCACCACAGGAUAAAGAAAAUUAAAAAAAGUUUUUGUCUUAGUGACAAUUUUUUUACUUUUUUUUUUUCUUAGCAAUUCAAAAAAAAAAAGGCACUUCUAAGUAAAAAAACAAUUGUAGGAUAUAAACCGGAGAAAAUUUAGAAUCAUAAGAUAUGAACUCAGAAUCACAAGAUAUAGAAUUUUGAGAAAAAAGUCAAAAUGGCACUAUAUAAGCUGAGAAUUGCAAUAUUUAGUGCAGCAAUUCAGAGAAAAGUCAGAAUCUCAAGAUUUUAACUCAGAAUUGCAAGAUUUAAUGCCGCAAUCCUGGAAAAAGUCAGAAUCAUAAGAUUUCAUGCCAAAAUCCGAGAAAAAAGACAGAAACGCAAUAUUUAAUGCCGCAAUCCUAGGAAAAGUCAGAAUCGCAACGUUUAAUGCCGCAAACUUGGGAAAAGUCAGAAUCGCAACGUUUAAUGCCGCAAACUUGGGAAAAGUCAGAAUCGCAACGUUUAAUGCCGCAAACUUGGGAAAAGUCAGAAUCGCAAUAUUUAAUGCCGCAGUCCUGGGAAAAGUCAGAAUCCCGAGAUUUAAUCUCGCAAUCCUGGGAAAAGUCAGAAUCGCAAUAUUUAAUCUCGCAAUCCUGGGAAAAGUCAGAAUCGCAAUAUUUAAUGCCGCAAUCCUGGGAAAAGUCAGAAUCGCAUUAUUUAAUGCCGCACUCCUGGGAAAAGUCAGAAUCGCAACAUUUAAUGCCGCAAUCCUGGGAAAAGUCAGAAUCACAACAUUAAAAUCCUCAAUCCUGGGAAAAGUCAAAAUCGCAAGAUUUAAUGCUGCAAUCCUAGUAAAAGUCAGAAUUGUAAGAUUUAAUUCCACAAUCCGAGAAAAUCAGAAUCGCAAGAUUUAAUGCCGCAAUCCUGGGAAAAGUCAGAAUCGCAAGAUUUAAUGCCGCAAUCCUGGGAAAAGUCCGAAUCGCAAGGUUUAAUGCCGCAAUCCUCGGAAAAGUCAGAAUUGUAAGAUUUAAUGACGCAAUCCUGGAAAAAAAAGUCAGAAUCGCAAAAUUUAAUGACACAAUUCUAGGAAAAGUCAGAAUCGCAAGAUUUAAUGCCGCAAUCCUGGGAAAAGUCAGAAUUGCAAGGUUAAAUGCCGCAAUCUUAGAAAAAAAAGUCAGAAUCUCAAGAUUUAAUUAGCAAUUCUGAGAAUAUGGAGUUAUAUGGAGAAUAUAUACGCAAUUACCUUUUUUGUGCCGUGGUGAAAAAAAACAACAACAGAAUUAUGAGAAAAAGGUCAAAAUUAUGAAUUUAUAUCUCAGAAAGGAGACAUCUCAUUUUUUAUUCCUCGCGAUUCUGUUAAAUAAAAGUUACAAUUACUUUUUGACAUUUGUUUGAUCCUGUGGCGGAAACAUCCCUCCAUAUUCAUGACACACAAGUGUACAAAAUAUGCGCACAAAUUUAGUAAACACUAAUUCUUCUCAUUCGUAGGAAUGGUUGUUAAGCGCAACAAAUGUGGUUUGCUCAUGUUUCAUGAAGGAAGUUGACUGUUCGUUUGCACCUCACUAUGUUCAGGUUUUUUUAGUCUGUCUGUUUUGCACUAAAACUAGAAAAGCAAUCACGAGCCGGCCAGAUGAAACUGAACUGAACGUGUGUAAAACCACGACUGGACAGAUGAUGGCUGUAAAAAAAAAAAAAAAAGUAAUUAAAAAAAAAAAAA